AUGAGGCCCUCCCUGCUGCUGUGUGCUGCUGCUGCUGCUGCUGCUGCAGCAGACAGCAGCAGCUUAGCUUUUUGCUGGCAGCGGCGAGGCCAAGACGAGGGGAGACUCAAGAGGGGCCCCCAGGGGCCCUUUGACGGGGCCUAUGGGGGCCCCCGGGGGCCCCUGACCCUGGCGCUGCUGAGCGAGCCUUCUGCAGCGCAGCCAGCAGCAGCAGCAGCAGCAGCAGCAGCGCCGCAAGACAGCGAAGGUGAGGCUGUUGCUUCUGCGCUCGAGAGCUACGGGAGAGAAAAGGUACUGCAGCUGCUGGCGGGGGGCAGCAGGGGGGAGGAGGACGCGAUGGCAGCAGCCUUGCUGCGGCUGCAGCAGCAGCCGCAGCAAGACACAGCAGCAGCAGCAACAGCAGCUGAGGCAGCAGACAGCCUGCUGCGCGAGGAGCAGCAGGCAGACGUGCUGGCCGCCCUGAAGGAGUGGCAGUUUGCAGAAAGGGGGGCGGAAGAGACCCUGAAGCAGAAGCAGCAGCAGCAGCAGCAGCAGCAGCUGCUGCUGCUGCUGCAGAAGAAGAAGGAGGAGGAGGAACAGCAGCAGCAGCUUGAACCCCUGCUGCUGGUCGGGGAGCUUGACGCGGGGAUCGAGGGAUCGUCCAAGUCCUUCCUGCCUCUUCUUCCUGCUGCUCCACCCCGCAGCAGCAGCAGCAGCAGCAGCAGCACGACGACAACAACGACAGCUUCCCCCGCGGGCGCAGCAGCAGCAAGCUCUGCAGCAGCAAGCUCUGCAGCAGCAGCAGCAGCAGAAGACCCGUGCAGCGACAGCGCCUCGGUGGCUGCUGCGAGAGCAGCAGCAGCAGCGGGCCUGGAGACAGUGGCGUCUGCUGCAGCAGCAGGGAAGCAAGACCUGCUGGCAGCAGCAGCAAAAGCAGCAGCAGCAGUCUCAGCAGAAGGGGCCCGCCGCCUCGUCAAAGAACUCCUGGGCAAACUGGGGCCCCCCGUGCUGCUGCGGCUGGAGGCCUCCAGUACCCUGUGGGGUUUGGGGGCCCCCCCGCUGCUGCUGCUGGGGCCCCUGCGGGACCAGACGCUGUCCAGCAUGCACUUCAGCGCGAGAGCAGCAGCAGCAGGUGCUGCUGCUGCUGCUGCUGCAGCAGCGCAGCCGCAGCAGUUCCUCCUCAGGUUUCAAAGGGCCCGGGGGCCCGUCCAAGACGAGGCCUUUGCUGCAGCAGAAGAGCGCCAGAAGCAAAUAAGGGCUGGGCUGCGUUUGCUGCAGCAGCAAACCACUUCUGAGGACCAGCAGCAGCCCCGGGAGCCCUGGCUGGAGGACGCGGCCCAGCAGCAGCAGCAGCAGCAGCAGCAGCAGCAGCGGGAGGCCCUGGAAGCUGCGAAGCAGCACAUUCUCAUGCCUCUCUGGGUUGGCCAGCUGGCGCUGCCCUCCCCCACAGUUGCUGCAGCAGGAAACGAUUUGCUGCUGAACUGGGUGGAGGUGUACCCCGACGCGCUGCUGCGGCUGCAGCAGCUGCCGCUGCUGCAGCAGCAGGGCCAGUGGUUUGUUGCGCUGCAGCUGCUGAAGGCAGCAGCAGCGCUGCAAAGCGCUGGCCUCCACUUGGGGGCCUUCGGGCCAGCUUCGCCCUGGAUCAGCAGCAGCGGCCAGCUGCUGUUCGAGGGUGUACAUACACUGCAGCCGCUGCAGCAGCAGCAGCAGCAGCAGCAGCAGCAGCAGCAGUGGGUCUGUGGGGAGGAGGAGCUCGAGCUGCCCUGGACUCCCUACAUGCCUCCCGAGAGGGCCUUUUGCGGCCCCUCAGUGCCGGCUAAGGAGAAGGAGGUGUGGCAGCAGCAGCAGCAGCUGCUGCAGCAAAAAAAGGGAGGAGCAGCAGCAGCAAUUACUGCCUGGGGCCUCGGCUUGCUGCUGUUCCAUGUCUUCUGCAGCGCCCGCCUCCCCUACGGGAUAUCUGCUGUGGCCAGCGAGGCGGACACGCUGCAGCAGCUGCGGCGCCUCUACCUCUCAGCAGCAGACAGCAGCAGCAGCAGCAGCAGCAAACGCCUCAACUUCAAGACCUGCAGCACUGACCCCAGGGCCCACCGCCUGCUGCAGGCGCUGCUGCAGCCAAACCCCACACGCCGCGCCUCCCCAGCCCGCCUGCUGAGGCAGCUGCUGCAGGAGGAGCAGCUAGUCAAAGCCAAACCCUAG